GCCCUACGAACUGUUGCAGACAUUUGACCACUUUGAUACCAUUGAUAUGACUCAUCGAUUUCUCGAGCUUGGAUAUUUGAAUCGAUCAACUUGAACAAUAUCCACGAUGGCUGGCAUGAUGACGAUCAAACUUGUAUUCAGCGGUGGACUCGAGUUGCUAUUUGACAACGAGCGGAAUCAAUCGGUUCUCAUCCCUUCAUUUGUGCCAUCUGAUAAUUCCACACACUCUCCUCCGUCCUCAUCUUCAUCUACUUCAUCAUCAUACAACGAUACGCCCUCCACAGGAGAAACGAAGGCAGCAGAUCUGGAGUACUUGAUUUAUCACCUUCGUGAUCAUUUACUCAAAGAGCGCCCGGAAUUGUUUAUGGAGAAUGGGACGAUCCGCCCAGGGAUCCUUGUGCUGAUUAACAACACGGAUUGGGAGCUUGAAGGGGAAGGUUCCUACCAACUUCGCAAUAACGAUGAGAUCGUUUUCAUCUCAACGCUACAUGGCGGAUGAGGAAAUUCGUGUAGCAUCGAGAAAACUACGAGAUAUGUUCAUGACGUCGGGUUGGGGAUGAAUAAGGUCCUCUUAUGGCUGAAUAUCCCGCUAGCAAUCAUUGGCACGGGGACCCGCUUCUAUAGAAGUGGACGAAACGCGUUGUUUCGGACCCCCAGCUCACAACAGUAUGUACAUCUCCU